UUGUGUGUCAGCGAGACGUUCUGCAAACCCUAACGGAUGUGCUCUCAGUCGGCGAUCUGUGCAGGUGGGGCGGAUUUUAUCGCACCUUUUGCCCGAUCUCUGCCUCAAUUGACCACCGCUUCUGCUUCGAUUCGCAAGCAAGGAAGGACAUGUACGUGUAUUUGCAUUUCUGGAAGUCAGGGACCGAAGUAUGGCUAGAAGUCCGAUUAAGAAUUUUUUCAAAAUUGUGGAUUUUAUCGGAGGAAAUGGCACCAGAUUGUUACGCGAAGAAGGCUCGUGCAGUUCUCUAAGAGGCUUACAGGGGUCGAAAUCGGAUGGAAGUGAUGGCGAAUUCAAAGCAACGAAAGGCGAUGAUAGUUUGGGGAACAAUUCGGCAAUUCAUGAUUCAGGGGUGAGCGGAAACAAAUACAAUUCCCGACUGCUUAGUUAUCGAAAGCCAGACAUUACUUGGUUAUCGAAAGCCCUAGAACCAGCUCUGCAGCUCUACAAAUGGGCAAUUCCGGCAGGAAACAGCAUUGGCAAUGAACCAGCGCCUGUGGAUAGAUCACUCUCUGAAAUAUUUGCAAGCAUUAGGAGGAGUAAGCUUGGGAUUAAAGAUUGGAGUCUGAGUGAUCUCACCAUUGGUUUAUAUCUAUUGUAUCUUCGUCAAGCGUCUGCGGAAGUUGCGGACGAUGUGACAGGAGAAAUGGUUUCAUCUGAACCUAUUAUUCAAGAUCUCAUCUACCACGUAGAAUUAGCGAAGGGAGCUUAUAAAGAUAGCGUUGCUGGUCUUGCUAGGAACAGCAUGCUCCGGAAGAAUAACAUUGUGAAGUUUAUAAAUAAUUCGAAUGUUUUGAGGCCUGGAUAUUAUCUAGGAGUCGAUGUGCGUAAGAAGCUUGUGAUUCUUGGCAUUCGUGGAACUCAAAGUGUGUAUGAUCUCAUUACUGAUGUAAUUACCUCGGGGAGUCGUGAAGAGAUUACAUUCGAAGGCUAUUCAGCUCACUUUGGAACAGCUGAAGCAGCCCGUUGGUUCGUCAGUCAUGAAAUCGAUUCCAUAAGGAGAUGUCUAAAGGAUCACAAGGGUUUUAGAUUGAGGAUCGUGGGCCAUUCCAUGGGAGGCGCUACUGCUUCUUUGCUUGCAAUUAUGCUGCGGAAGAAGUCGCCUUUGGAGCUUGGGUUCAGUCCUGAUAUAAUUACGGCAGUGGGAGUCGCAACUCCCCCUUGUGUCUCUAUGGAACUUGCUCAACAUUGCUCGGAUUUUGUGUCGACUGUGGUGAUGCAGGAUGAUAUAAUCCCGAGAUUGAGCAUUGCUUCGUUGAAAAGACUGAGAGAAGAAAUUGUCGAAACUGAUUGGCUGGCUCUUGUCGGCAGGGUCAGUGCUUUUAAAAGCGAGGACUGGAAACGCGUCAUGGAUUUGGUUACAAAUGCGAAGCAAGUGGUGUCGUCUGUGCAAGAAGUAGCUCAAAAGCUCGCCGAAUAUGCACAGUUCAAAGAAGAGCGAAAACAUCCAGAGACACCCGUGAAGGAGGAGGUUUCGGUCGCAAGUAAUUUAUCCCAUGAAAGCUUGUUACCUGACAACAUAGCAGACGAGUUAUUUGUACCGGGGACACUCUACAAUCUAAAAAGGAAUUCAAACGCUAAAAAUGUCGAAAGUGCUGUGGAAUAUUUCACGUUGUUGAGGAAGCAGCCCGGCGAGCAUUCCCAAAGGAUCCUUCUUUCAAGCAACAUAAUUUCGGACCACAAAUGCGACAGCCAUUACUAUGCUCUGAGGGAUGUGCUCAAAGGUCUCCCGACUUGUUCGAAUGAAUCUAUUUUCUCCAAUGAGUAAGUCUAAUUUGUUUAGUUCCUAAGUCUUGGAAUUUUUGUCGUAGAUGUUAGGUAAUUUUGACAUUGGGAUGAUCUAUUGAAGUAAUUUUGUGUUGAAUGA